GUCCCCAGCCACCAAUAAGUCUCCUCUUAUAAUAAAAUACCGGAAGCAGACCCAAGAAGUCUCUAUGACUACGACCACCAAGAUAAACCUGCCACGUUAUCCGCCCAUCCAAUUCCAAUCCCGUUUGCGUGUCGAGAACACGACAACCCGAACACCAGCCACCGUCUAUUUUAAGCAACUAAGACGACUCCGCCAUAAUCUCAUUUGCCAGUCUCCUCCUCCUCCCCUUCCCUUUGCAAAACCCCAAACCAUGGGUAAUAAUGACUAUGACGCUGAUGAGACCCAGUUCCAGCUCCUCGGCUUCUCCAAGUUCGUUCGGACCAACCCCAGGUCGGAUCGAUUCGGCGUUCAGCGAUUCCACCACGUCGAGUUCUGGUGCACUGACGCCACUAACUCUGCCCGUCGCUUCUCCUGGGGCCUCGGCAUGCCCAUCGUUGCCAAGUCCGACCUUUCCACCGGCAACUUGACCCACGCCUCCUACCUCCUCCGCUCGGGCCAGCUCCGCUUCCUCUUCACUUCCCCCUACUCCCCAUCGAUUGCCUCCAUGGAAAACUUUGGCCCCACGGCCACGGCGUCCAUCCCCACCUUCGACCACGCCGCUUCUCGCGCUUUCUCCUCCGCACAUGGCCUCGCCGUCCGCGCCAUCGCUGUCCAGGUCGAUGAUGCCGAUUUUGCUUUCCACGCCAGUGUCUCCCACGGCGCCAAGCCCGUCUCCCCACCAGUUCUCCUCGACAACCACGCCACUCUUUCCGAGGUGCACCUCUACGGUGAUGUCGUUUUGCGCUAUGUCAGCUACAAGAAUCCUAACCAUAACCACCAAGACUCCGACAGCCCGGACUCCUGGUUUUUGCCCAAAUUCGAACCCGUGGAUAAGCAGUCGUCCUACCCUCUGGAUUUUGGGAUUCGACGUUUAGAUCACGCCGUUGGCAACGUUCCAGACCUAUCCUCAGCUGUCGCCUAUGUGAAAAACUUCACUGGAUUCCAUGAAUUCGCCGAGUUUACGGCGGAAGACGUGGGUACCAGCGAGAGCGGCUUAAACUCGGUGGUUUUGGCGAACAACGAUGAAUUGGUUUUACUGCCGAUGAAUGAGCCGGUUUAUGGAACAAAGAGGAAGAGCCAGAUACAAACCUACUUGGAGCACAACGAGGGGGCAGGGGUGCAGCACUUGGCUUUGGUGAGCGAGGACAUAUUCAGGACAUUGAGAGAGAUGAGGAACCGUAGUGGGAUUGGUGGCUUCGAGUUCAUGCCGUCCCCGCCGCCCACCUAUUAUAAGAAUAUUAAGCAUAGGGCCGGGGAUGUGUUGACAGAUGAGCAGAUUAAGGACUGCGAGGAGUUGGGGAUUUUGGUUGAUAGGGAUGAUCAGGGGACCUUGCUGCAAAUAUUCACCAAGCCUGUUGGAGAUAGGCCUACGAUAUUUAUAGAGAUAAUUCAGAGAGUAGGUUGUAUGCUCAAGGAUGAGGAAGGGAAGGUGUACCAAAAAGGUGGAUGUGGAGGAUUUGGGAAGGGUAACUUCUCGGAGCUAUUCAAAUCCAUUGAGGAGUAUGAGAAGACACUCCAAGCCAAACGAAUUCCUGAAGCGGCUUCUGCAUGAGAAUUUGAUCCUUACAUUUUUCAGCCACAAAGUGUAUUACUGCAAGAAUAAAGGUAGUUGCUGAAGCCAGGUUGGUCAUACUAUUUUAAAGAAUUGGUGGAUAAAUGAUAGAUAAAAUUAUGCGUAGCAAGCUUCAUUAUUGUCCACUUCAAAAUGGUCAACAUGAUUAGAUAGUUAGCUGAAGUUUUAUCACUGGCGAGGUACUCGCACUCACUCAGCUGUAAUUGUAAGCAUUUCCAAACAGGAAUAAUUUCUGGGAUCUUCAUCUGCUGUUCUGCAGGUUUGUAUGUGUCUUGAACGAUGAACAAUUACAGUAAUUUGGUUCAGCUAAAUUGUAUGAAAUCAAUUAAAUGGGUCAUUUUGAAGCUUUA